AAACAGUAACUAUCAGGAUUUAGCGCAGUGCUGUGUGCAUGUCCAGCCUUUAACGCUCGGCUGGUUUGCAGAAAGGGGGGCAGGGACGACUACGAGCGGGCACCAGCAGCGCCACGCGUGGAGGGAGAAGCGCCUCACUGAGCGACCUCACUACUUGUUAAGGAUCCCAUUGUCGCCGUCAUGGCGGCGCUAUCCGGCGGAGAGAUGUGCAUCAAGUACCUAAUGUUCGCCUUCAACCUGGUCUUCUGGCUCGCAGGCACUGCCGUCUUUGCCAUCGGCCUGUGGUUGAGAUUAGACCCCAAGACCAAAGGCCUUUUUGAAGGACCAGAUUCUCCGUACGUGUUUUACACCGGUGUGUACAUCCUGAUCGGAGCUGGGGCACUGAUGAUGGUCGUAGGAUUUCUUGGAUGUUGCGGUGCCAUCCAAGAGUCUCCCUGUAUGCUGGGACUGUUUUUCUUCUUCCUGCUGAUCAUUUUUGCCAUUGAAGUCGCUGCCGGCAUCUGGGGAUUUUCCAACCAGGGCAAGGUGGUCGAUGACAUAACCACAUUCUACGUGCAGACCUUCAACAACUACAAGGAAACAAAUGAUGAACGACUCAAAGAGACUCUGCGCGUGAUUCAAACUGGCCUAAACUGUUGCGGUCCAACCGGCACACUGUUGGAUGCUGCCAAGGACACCUGUCCUUCAGGGGAGCUUCUUGAGGAGCUCAUCACCAAGAGCUGCCCUGAUGCCAUUGAUGAGGUGUUUGACUCCAAGCUGCACAUCAUUGGAGGAGUGGGCAUCACUAUAGGGGUCAUUAUGGUGUUUGGGAUGAUUUUUAGCAUGCUCCUGUGCUGCGCCAUCAGGAAAUCUCGAGAGGUGGUGUGACCGCUGCCAAAGCAUUGUGACGUCCUCGUUAAUGUUGCAUGAUGUCAUUCUUAGAGUCACGUGACUCCCCACUGCCAAUAGAAACACCGCUUGUUCAUUGUGGGGGGAAAUCGUAACCUCCAUUUACAUAGUUGUCAGGCCCAGCCCAGAAUGGGUGUCAUCUGUGCUUGAGUGAAAAAUGUAGCACAUUGAGAUCAUACGAAUGAAUUUAGUGUUUGUCCAAAUGACCUUAACUGAAGAUUGGCUUAUUAUUUAUCGAUCACUUCUCUCACCUAUUGGCAAAAGGAGAUAUGGAUCCCAGCCAAAUAAGUCUACUGCCUCUUCGGCAGGCUGGAUCAGCUGCCAAAUGAAUACUUGAAUUCAUUUGAAUGAGAGUAACAGGAUGCUGACCUAUGUACUAUUUUUCUGGUUAAGAAUCAAGUGGUACCCUUUGUGGCAUUUUGUUGGAUCACCUCUUUCUAAAUGCCCAUUUGUGUCAUUUUUUUCAGUCCUCUAUGUAUGCACAUAUGAAAUGUUAUGUAUUUUCAAAUUACCUUUUCAUUUUAUUGAUUUACACCACACAAACAGAUGAUUCAAGAGUCAAAUAAACCAAAAUGGAGAGCUUCA